UUUUUCUUCUUUUAUGUUGAGCCUUUUUCUCUCUUUUUCUUUUUUCUAUAUAUAAUUAUUUUCUGUACAUAAUUUUUUUUUUUCAUAAUAAACUAUUAGAAUUUAUUUAUAUUCAUCAUAAAUAAAUGUCAAAUCCAAACAGUCGACAACAAGGUUACCGACCUGAUCCACGGUUGUCACAGCAACAACAAUAUGCCAUGAGACCUCAAUCACAGCAACCUAGAAGUGGUGGUCAACAGCGCAUACAAUCUUAUGGUAUGGAUCAAUUCUCUCGUCCUCGUCCUCCACCUCAUAACCAACAACCAAGCAGUCGAUCUCGUCCACAGCAGCCACAUCAACAGCAGCCACACUACCAAUCUUCUAGACAAUCCCGUAACAUGUAUGCCAAUACUGCAGGUAGUACAGGUAGUGGAAGCAGUGGAGGUAGACAGAUGCGCUCUCAUGGUGCUGGACAGCCUAUGAUGCCUCAACAGCAACAACAGGGCCCUUAUCGUCGUGUCAGUAUGAACCGCUCUCGAUCCCUUUCUCGUCCUGAACGACAAAGACCCAAACAAGGCAUGUUCCGAUCUCCUUCUCAGCAACAACGUAUGAUGAUGCAGCAACCAGGUCGUUACAAUGGUCCACCCAAUGCUGGUAUGCGAGCUCGCCCUAAUCCUAUGCCUAAUCGAUUACAACAUCAAUUACAACAACAACAAAGAAUGUAUCAACAACAAGAAGCUGCCAUGGUGAUGCAGCAAGAACAAACAAAGCAACCCGAAAAACCUGAAGAAAAAGUCAAGGUUCUUACCAGUUGGUGGGCUUGGAUGGCUUACUUAAUGACAUGUUGUAUUCCAAACUGGUUUAUUCGUAUCUGUUUACGGAAAAAAGAACCAAUGGUACAACAGGCUUGGAGAGAAAAACUGUCUUUAGUAUACAUUAUUUGCAUUCUUUGUGGUGCACUUGCAUUUAUUACUUAUGGUCUUAACAAGACAUUAUGUCCUACAGCUGAAGGCAACUCACCAUUCUCACAAGUCUCUAAUGGUGUUCGAGUCCCAGUCUAUUACAACGAUGUCCGAGUGUUUGGCUCAAUUUAUAAAAUGGAUGAUAUGAAAAACUUUUUUGCUACUAAGGGCUUGAACCUCACUAACGAUUACGAAAACACAGAUAUCAGUAGUAUUUUUAGUGGCGACACAAACAAUUACUGUGGCGGAUUUGCCAGCACACAAACUACUUGUUACUUAGUUGAUCCUUACGGUGGUGGUAUGGCAGCACCCAACAAUACUUGUUUAUCUCUUGCUGAAUUACAAAGUUAUGCUAAACCUACCGGUGUUCUUGGCUUUGAUUGGGCAGAUUUAAAUAAAAAUCUGGUUUACGGCCGUGGUCUAACUCUAGUUGGUGAUUCAGUUUUGAAUUUGACAACUUAUGUUACUGGCACCAGCACGCCUUAUGGCUCAGAUGUCGACCAAGCCAUUCGCAGUAACCUCGCAAGUGAUUUAUCUUUUGCUUUAUUGUACACCAAGAAUGGUUCAGCAGCACGUAAAUGCUUGCAAGCUCGUUACAAAGUCGGUAUUAUGGAAACAGAGACAGGUGGAUGUAUUGCUGAUAAAAUCAUCAUGACACUCAUGUUGGUCGUUAUUAUUGCCAUGAUUGUCGUUCGUUACUCUAUGGCCUUAUUGUUUCAAUGGUUUAUUUCUCGUCGUUUGACUAAGCCCGGCGGCAGAUCGAAUUGGUUGGCUUGGCGUUCAAUCAAGGGUGGUAACGAUGAUCCCGCAAACCAUAUUCCAGGUCCUUACAAUAACUAUGGGCCUAUGCAUGUUCAGAAUAGUUCAUCUACUUCUUUGGGAUCCGGUUCUUCUCGUGGUACGCCUGCCUUUAGUGAACAAAGUUCCGCUGUGGGACUCGGCGGUGCUCAAUCCGAUAUUGUAACUACCGAAUUGUACACUGUGUUGUUGGUAACUUGUUACUCCGAAGGUGAGGAGGGUCUUCGAAUCACCAUGGACAGUUUGGCUGAAACCACUUAUUCUAAAAAGCACAAGAUUUUCUUUGUUAUUGCUGAUGGUAUGAUUACAGGUGCUGGUGAAACCCAAUCUACUCCGGAUAUUGUUGUCAGUAUGAUGGAUCUUGAUCCUACCAUGACCAAUCCUAAGCCCGCUUCUUAUCUUGCUAUUGCUGAUGGUGAAAAACAAUUGAACAUGGCUAAAGUGUAUGCUGGUCAUUAUAAGGGUGUGCCUUGUAUUACCAUUGUCAAAUCAGGUACAGAAGAAGAAGCAGAUGCUCCAAAGGCUGGUAAUCGUGGUAAACGUGAUUCCCAGUUGAUUUUGAUGAGUUUCUUCCAAAGAGUUUUGUUUAACGACCGUUUAUCGGAGCUCGAUUAUGAAAUCUUUUGGAAAAUGACUUGGUUAAUGAAAGGCGUCACACCUGAUAAAUUUGAGUUGGUUCUAAUGGUGGAUGCUGAUACUAAAGUUUUGCCCGACGCACUUACGUACAUGGUAGCCGCCAUGGCUAACGACAUCACUAUUAUGGGUUUAUGUGGUGAAACAAGAAUUGCCAACAAGAGAACAUCAUGGGUUACUGCUAUUCAAGUAUUUGAAUACUAUAUUUCACAUCAUUAUGCAAAGGCAUUCGAAUCUUUGUUUGGUAUCGUAACAUGUUUACCCGGUUGUUUCAGCAUGUACCGUAUCAAAUCUCCCAAAAAUGGUGCCUGGGUACCCAUUUUAGCCAAUCCCGAUAUCAUUCUCGAAUAUAAUCAAAAUGUUGUCACUACAUUGCAUGAAAAGAACUUGUUGCUUUUAGGUGAAGAUCGUUUCUUGUCUACCUUGAUGUUGCGUACCUUCCCUCGUCGUCAAAUGAUGUUUGUGCCCCAAGCUCGUUGUAAGACUGUUGUGCCUGAUGAAUUCAAAGUGUUGCUUUCUCAACGUCGUCGUUGGAUUAACUCUACUGUUCAUAACUUGAUGGAAUUGGUGCUUGUCUCUGAUUUGUGUGGUAUUGCUUGUCUGUCUAUGCAAUUCUCUGUCUUUGUUGAUCUGAUUGGUACACUUGUGUUGCCUGCUGCUAUUAUCAUGACCUUGUAUUUGAUUAUUAGUUCUGCUGUCACAAGUGAACCUCAAUGGCAAUCACUCGCUUUAUUGAUUGCCGUCUUGUUCCUUCCUGCUGUAUUGAUUGGUAUUACCACAUUUAAACUCAUUUAUAUUUUAUGGAUGUUGGUCUAUAUUGUUGCUUUGCCUAUCUGGAAUCUUGUCUUACCUGUUUACUCUUUCUGGCACUUUGAUGAUUUCUCAUGGGGUGCCACUCGUGUUGUUGCAGGCGCAGAGAAAGAUAAAGGCCAUGGUGAUGCUGAAGGUAAAUUUGAUCCUACCCGUCUUGUCAUGAAGAAAUGGGAAGACUGGGAAACCGAAAGAACAGGCCAAAAGUUCAGCAAGAAAAUGACACUCAAAACACCUCUUGAUUCUCCUACUGCCUUUGACGGCAAGAACACAGUGACUCCUGCCACUGCUCCUUUUGGUACAAUAUUUAAUGAUAGAAAAAUGUUUAGUGCUUCGCCUGCACCUACCAUCUCUUCCACUACUCCAUAAUUUCUAUUUAUAAUAUGUAUAUCCCCCCUUUUUUAUAAAAAAAUAAAGUGUAUAAAUACAAGUUU